ACGAAAAUACUUUUAUAUGGUGCUCUCUCAAAUGCAUGCCAAGUACUAUUCCAAUGUGAUUGAUUCACUUCAUGGUUCUUCUUGGACAAACCCACGUGUACCUAUGAGGGUGUCAUGGAAUUAUUAGUCAUCUCCAUUCAAUUGAGCAUUUGUUUUGUUACAGUCUACCAUUUCAGCUCUUAAGACAGAACCAUACAAGAUAGAGCCACCAUGCCAUUUGGUUUGGUCUCAGCAUGGAACAAGCGUAGAAGAAGCAUGUCUCAAGAUCAUUCAGACCCUUGGAUUUAUAAACCUGCAGAGUUUUGGCAGCUUGAAGAUCUAGCACCACAACCCAGAAAACGGAGGCAUGCAUCAUCUGUUUUCACACUCAAGGAGAUGGAAGAGGCAACAUGUUCAUUCAGUGAUGGUAAUCUGCUUGGAAAAGGAGGAUUUGGUAGGGUCUACAGGGGCACUUUGAAGUCAGGAGAGGUUGUAGCAAUCAAGAAAAUGGAGCUGCCAGCGAUUAAAGCAGCAGAGGGGGAGCGCGAAUUCCGUGUAGAGGUUGACAUAUUAAGCAGACUUGACCACCCAAAUCUUGUUUCUUUGAUAGGAUACUGUGCUGAUGGGAAGCAAAGGUUCCUGGUUUAUGAAUAUAUGCAUAAUGGGAACCUGCAAGAUCAUUUGAAUGGAAUCGGCGAAAGAAGAAUGGAUUGGCCUCUGAGACUCAAAGCCGCAUUAGGAGCUGCAAAAGGGCUUGCUUAUCUUCAUUCAAGUUCUUGUCUUGGAAUUCCUAUUGUUCAUAGGGAUUUCAAAUCCACCAAUGUUCUUUUAGAUGCCAAUUUUGAAGCAAAGAUAUCUGAUUUUGGGCUUGCUAAACUAAUGCCAGAAGGACAAGAAACACAUGUGACUGCCAGAGUACUUGGUACCUUCGGCUAUUUUGAUCCUGAGUAUACAUCGACUGGAAAACUUACUCUACAAAGUGAUGUUUAUGCUUUUGGGGUUGUUCUUCUCGAGCUUCUGACAGGACGUCGAGCUGUAGAUCUAAACCAGGGUCCAAAUGAUCAAAACCUUGUACUACAGGUGAGACACUUAUUGAAUGACCGCAAGAAGCUGCGUAAGGUGAUAGAUCCAGAGAUGGCUCGAAAUUCUUACACCAUUGAGUCUAUAGUCAUGUUUGCCAAUCUGGCAUCACGAUGUGUUCGUAGUGAGAGUAAUGAGAGACCUUCAAUGGUAGAUUGUGUCAGAGAAAUCCAAAUGAUUAUCUAUACAAAUUCAAAGGGAUUGGGAAUGGUUAUGCAUAGCUUGAGAAUGGUCUAAUCAAAUUAAAUCCCAAGUGUUACUAGGUAGACUCAACGAUUAUGAUAUGGUUUCCAAUCACUUAAUAUUAUUCCUAAGUUCUUCAAUUCA